AUGGAAGAGGAAUAUUACAGUGAAAGAAGUACUAUGAGUGAAUGUGAAAUCUUGGAAAAUAGAUACAUUAAAAUUUAUGGUAAUCUCUUCGUUCAAUUUUGGUCAGUAGAAGACACUAUCAAAGAACAUCGUGAAAAAAUUUCAUUAGCCCGUGGUAAUAACGGUUUUGGGCUAUGCACUGUCAGUUUGCAUUGUGAUCAGCAGAAUCUGUGGAAGAUAACAUCUACUUUUACUCGAACUGCUAAAUGGAAUGCUAUUGCUGCUUUUCAAGAUAAAAUCUUUAUUGCAAAUUCCAGUGAGUCGUGUUAUAUCAAUUAUUUGUCUGCUCACGGUGGUAUCAUUGGUCCUAAUACUAUAGCUAAUAAGUUUUGGAGUGAUAUUCCAGAAUUUUUAGGAGCAUGA